UACUAUCUGUGUGAAUAAUCAUUACUGUUAGUGAUGUAAAUUAUCUUAUUUUGGUGUUAAUUGGGAGUACUAUAUGCCGGAAGUAGUGAUGUAAACAAAAUGGUGGAACGACCUACUGACCUUCAAAUUUGUUUAUAAACAUUUCCAUGGAGCUAAAUAUAGAUAUAUAUAUUUGUGACAUUUCAUUACUGUCAAAAUGAAUUUCUUUUAAAUAUGGCAAGCCAAUGCUCAAUAACUAGUACCGCUAGUACCAUACCAUAUGAGGAAACUAGUUUUUUAAAUCAGGAAUUUGUUGAUGAAUUAGAAAUCGUUCAUCAGUUAUAUUUUGGGAAUUCCGAAUUGAAUGACAGCAGCCCUAACGAUGUUUAUUUCUCAGAAGAAAGUGAUGAUAAUUUUGAUGAUGAUAAUGAUGAUGAGAAUAUACAUUUAGAUUGCUCUAAUGAUGAAAAUGUAAACCAACAACCUGAAAUAGAGCCAAUUCAUAAUAGUACACCUUCAAGACCUUGUGAUAGAGAAUAUGUAUUACAGGAAAAUUUUAAAUCAAAUACUUGUGGCUGUACAAGACUUUUUAAUGGGAAACCUUGUUCAGAAGCAAUUGAAUGGGAGAAAGUAAUUAAUUAUAGAUUGUCAUGCCUUGAAAAGUCUAAAGAGGAACUAGACCUUUUAAUUAAAGUUCAGUUAUUUCAUCAUAGAAAAACCCCAGAUUCAAAAUCUUCUGGAAAUGUAAGGCAGCGGCCACAUCAAACUUAUUUUUUUGCAGGGUUUGCUGUUUGUCGCACUUUUUUUGCUUUUGUCCAUGGUUUGCACAGAAAAACUAUUGACUCUAUUGCGAAAUCAUUGGAUACCGACUUUCUUGUACCAAGAACACAUGGCAAUAAAGGCAUGGUACCACAUAAUGCGGUUACCUUAGAACAAACUCAAGCUGUAAAGCAUUUUAUUGUCACAUAUGGAAGUCAAUAUGGACUACCUUUACCAGGUAGAUUGCCAAAUUACAGAAGUGAAAAAAAUGUGCUUCUGCCAAGUGACAAAACUAAAGCUGAUAUAUACCAGUUGUACUGUACCGCAUUUGACUCUGACAAUGAAAGGUUUUCUUACAGAAAAAUCAGUUUGUCCACUUUUAAGAGAAUCUGGUUGGAACAGUGUCCAAAUAUAAUGAUUAUGAAACCCUCCACUGAUUUGUGUCUGAAAUGCCAGAAACAUGUGUAUAAAAUUUCACAUGGUGGAAAUCUCUCAGAAGAGGAGAAGGAAAUGCUCCUUUCUUGUUAUUAUGAACAUGUGAAAAAUGUGAAAACACAGAGAGACUAUUACAGAAACAUAUGUGAAAUUUCUAAGAUAAAUUUCCUACAGCUUAAUACAAAAGAAAGAGGUCAACCACCAUGUAGUGUAGAUACACAGUUACAUUACAGUUUUGAUUAUGCCCAGCAAGUGUUGUACCCCCAUUACUCACAACAGGUUGGACCCAUAUUUUUCAAGACCCCAAGGAAAUGCCAGUGCUUUGGUAUUAGUUGUGAAGCACCAGGAACACAGAUCUUUUACUUAAUAGAUGAAAAAUAUGCUUGUGUUGGAAAAGGUGAAAAUAGUGUAACAUCAAUGUUGCAUCACCAUUUCCAAUUUCAUGCUUAUGGUGAAAAAAGAGUAUCUUUGAGUAUGGACAACUGUUCUGGUCAAAAUAAAAACAACACUGUUAUUGGGUAUGGAUUAUGGCGUGUGAUGAGGGGUCUGCAUGACGAAAUUGAAUUUUCUAUGAUGGAAGCUGGACAUACUAAAUUUAGUCCAGACUGGCAUUUUGGAUUGUGGAAGGUUAGAUGGAGACAUAGUGAUGUUGAAAGCAUGGAUGAUAUAGCAAAAACUGUUCAGGAGUCCUCAAGGAAAGGUUACAACAUACCACAGUUAGUUGAUGAUCCAGAUAAGCCCGUGGUCUUUUCAGACUGGUCUACAUACUUAAGAAAAAUAUUUAAACCUGUGCCAGCUUUAAAGAAAUAUCAUCAUUUCAGGAUGACCUCUGAAAGACCAGGUGUUGUCUUUGUAAGACAAUAUGCCAACGAUCCUGAAGUGGAGGUGAAUUUGUUAAAGAGAAACUGUGAUGUUAUUGGUCUUCCCGAAACAAUAGACAUACUUGGUUUAGAUCCAGCACGACAGUGGUACCUGUAUGAAGAAAUUAGCCCACUGUGUCGCAAUAGUGAGUUUGCAUGUCCUCUGCCAAAUGUGGCAAGGCCGUGCAAAAAAGUAAAGUUUGAGAAGUAGAGGAUCUUUGUUUAUUUUUUACGAG